UAUCAUUUAAAAUGAUAUUUUUCGUAUAAAAUCCCUCAAAAGGAAAAGAUGAAAAUAUUGUUUCAUAAGUUGAGAAUUAUUCCAGGUCUGGAAUAAGCAAAACAAUUUUUUGACCACUUUCAAAAUUACAAAAUAAGAUGGCGGGAAAUCAAAAAUUGUUUUCUUGUGGUACCCUGGAAGAAUGGCAAACAGCUCUGGUUUCAUAUAAAGAUGUGAUGAAAGAAAAAGCAAAGCUUUUAACUAAGACCCCUAGAAGACCCAGAGGAGGAAAAGAUUUGAUUGAACUCGAUGACUGGUUUCAGAAUGAUCUUCCUAUUGCGAUUACCAGCAGAGAUGAAAAACAUAUCACGCAUGAAGAACUUUGCAAGCUUAUGAAAUGGAAACUAAUGAGAGGCAAAUUCCGGCCAAGGCUCACUGAGCUUGUGCAGGCGAACAAACCUGAAGAAGUUAUUGCAGCAAGUAAAAAAGCCUUCAAAAAACUUCCCAAUAUAUCUGAAGCAAUCAAGGCUCUCAUUGUUCUCAAGGCUGUUGGUCCAGCAACUGCUAGUGCUGUAUUAGCCGCGGGAGCUCCUGAAGUUGCGCCUUUCAUGGCGGAUGAAUCAAUGCUUGCGAUUCCAGGUCUACAACCACUUCAAUAUACACUGAAUCAUUAUGUUAGUUAUGUGGCACAGAUUGAAUCAUGCAUGGAGAGAUUAAAUAAGGAAGAUGACAUGGUAGAAUGGUCGGCACAUGACGUUGAGCUUGCCUUAUGGACAUAUCACAUGGCUAAACAAUUGGACAUUAACAUUGAAAAAUCAGGACAGAAGCGGAAAAGUGACUCUAGUGAUACUUCAAAAUUAAAAAAGCAGAAAUCUAAAUCAAAGGACACUUAAUUUCUGUAGAGUAAUAUUUCCUUUACCAUGUAAACCUACAGUAUUUGCAGUAAGUUGUGAUGAUACAAAAAUUAUGCAAAA